AUGCAGACAUCACAAUCUGAAUCAACCCUCGCGUCGUGGAAUCAGACAGACUUCGGAAGUGAACAGGCCUUCGUCGACUACGGUUCUGAGCCUUAUCAGUCAUCUAGUGGCGACGGAGUGGCAUCUUUCCCUUACUCGAUCAUCUCAGGCCAGGACACAGAAGGCCUAAACCUUGUUGAGUGCAACCCUAUGGGAUACUCUCAUGACAGUUCGAACGAGCAUGGGUUCUAUCAGAUGCAUGGGGCGUACCAUCAUCCUGGAGGCGUCGACUACGCUGCUACUGCGGACAUGCGUUACGGCAGCGACUCUUCCCAAACCGACCUCUCUGCUGCUGUGGAUGUAUGUCAAGACCCUAUCCUCGACCCAUGGGCAGAGACGACCCAUGAACAGUGGAACAAUGCUGUCGAUGACGUGUACCCUGCUAUAGAGCCUAUCCAAGUCCGUGAAAUCGUUGCACCAACUCCUCGGCACGCCGUACAGAUGACGUUAGAGGCCGCUCCGAGCCCAGCUCGCCGACCGUCAGCGCCUGCUCUCAAUCCCGCCUUCUUUGGUCAACAUGCCUGGAUCAAAGAAAGAAGAAACAGGCAUAGCCUUGCUUCCUUCAACGGCGAGAGUGCGUUUACAGAGAACAAGUACGAGCACCCUUCUAGCCUCCUAGACGACGAGACCUCAGAGAAGCAUCAUCAAGCACAAUAUCAAAGGUGGCAUGACCACCAGAAUGCCGUGAUGCCAUGGCAGGGGGUUGCAGCGAACACAAGCGCCAACCAGUGCUUCUCGCCGUGUGAACACUCACAGCAUUACCCCUAUUCUUCACCUUCUAGCGUCACUGUCUCUCCCAUGAGCACACCCACAGCAUCGACUUCUCCGCACUCGCAGUCGCCGGUGGCCAUAUCGAUAUUGGAGUCGAAGUUCUACACCAUUUUGUCAGAACAAUGUGCACCUACAACACACACACACACUGCGCAUGCAAAGCACGAGGCUGGAAUCUUUAGGGGCCCCAACACGGGAACCCAGAAAGGAUGGAUGGGCCGGACAAGCACUGAAUCCCUGGAGACUAUCGGUGAGGAAGGCUCUAGGACUGGCAGUAUCGCACGACGCUGUGGUCGUACUCGCGUCGUCAGAAACGUUCAGCCCAUCGCGUGCUUCUUUUGUCGUGGUCGAAAGAUCGCCUGCGGUCCUGCGGAUCCCAAUAGCUCAGAUAGAGCGUGCAUGCAAUGUUUGAAACGGCACCGCAAAUGCGUGUAUCCGCCUGAAUCAAGGCGUGGCCGCAGACAAAAUGAGGAUACAGCCUAG